CAAAACCCAAAAAGUGUUUAAUUCUUCCCCCAUGAAUUGAUUCUCCAUUCAAAAUCAAUCCUACAUUCUUAAGAAUCACUUCUCCACACGUAAGUGCUUCUCCAAGAAUCAAAAGCACAUACGUAUUCAUAUCGAAAACCAAUCACGGGUUUUCGUAAUCUGUUCGUUUUUUUCACAUGGAUCAUGUUCGUAAUUCUGGUUUUAGGUCAAAUUGAUGGCUGAAGAAGAACAAGAAGACGACAACGACGAAGAGGAUUCGCCAAAUUCAGGGGUUGAUUUUGUGAUCUGUUUAUUUCAAGGAUGUAAUCGGGAUUAGGGUUUUCGAUUUGAUUUGAAUUUGAAAAAUGGAAAGAGGGAAACCAGAUAUAAACCCAAUGGUUUUGAAAUUUGGGCUUGCUGUAGCUGUUUCUCUUGGUGGGAUGAUUUAUAGUUUUCUUAGAAACAAAAGGAUCAAAAAACCAACAAAACCUCCAUCUGAUUGUUUGAAAUCUCCUUCAGAUUGCAAUAACCAGGGGAUUUCAGUGAAGGAAUCAUGGGGUUCAAGAAGUGAUCAUUGUGGAUUAAAUGUAACAUCAAAUUCUUGCCGAUUUGAUCCUUUGGCAACUGAUAAACAUGACCAGUUGCAUAACUCCAUGCCUGAUCUUUCUCCAAAUAGUAGGUCUAAUACAGAUAAAGACUCCUAUCUUCUGCCCGAAUUCAAUGAUCUAGUGAAAGAAUUCGAUAUGACUGCCAUGAAAACCAACAAGGAGCUUCCAAUAUCAGAAGCAGAAUCACCCGCGAAAGAGAUCAAGAAUCUAGUAAACACGGUCAAAACCCUCAAAGAACGAGAAAGGAAUCUAGAGAUUCAAUUACUCGAAUACUAUGGUCUCAAAGAACAGCAAGCCGCAGUCAUGGAGCUUCAAAACCGUCUUAAACUCAACAAUUUGGAAGCGGAGCUUUUCACACUCAAGAUCGAGGCCUUACAGACCGAUAACAAGCGAUUACAGACACAAAUGGCGGAUUAUGCGAAAGUGGUAACGGAUCUUGAAGCUGCAAAAGCCAAAAUCAAAGUUCUUAAGAAGAAACUUCGAUCGGAAGCUGUACAGAAUAAGGAACAGAUCUUGGAUCUUCAACAAAGAGUUGAAAAGAUGCAGGAAGAUGAACACAAGGGUGUUGCGAAGAUUGAUCCGAAGGACGAACUAAACCUUCGUAAAUUGAAGGAUUUGGAAGCCGAAGUCGAGGAAUUGAGAAAGUCGAAUUAUAGUUUGGAGAUUGAAAAAUCAGAGUUGGGUCAGAGGUUGGAAGAUGUUCAAAUCCUCGCGACUUCUGUCUUGGAAGACGAUGAAACGGAAAAGCUUAAAGAAGAACUCGAGCGUUUAAAGAAAGAAAACGAAGAUUUAACCAAAGAAAUCGAGCGACUUCAAGCCGACAGAUGUGGCGAUGUUGAAGAACUCGUGUAUCUUCGAUGGAUUAAUGCAUGCUUAAGGUAUGAACUUCGGAAUCAUCAGGCGGGGCCCGGUAAAACAAUGGCUCGAGACCUCAGUAAAACAUUAAGCCCAAAAUCAGAGGAGAAAGCUAAACAGCUGAUCGUUGAAUACGCUGAUAAAGAAGGGGUGACCGAAAAGGGUAUAAAUGUCCACGAACUCGAUUUCGAUCAAUGGUCGAGUUCUCAGGCGUCUAAUCUUACGGAUUCCGGCGAACUCGAUGAAUCUUUUAUCAGUUAUCCAUCACCUCAAAAGACCAACAAGAAGUUCUUUGGGAAGCUUGUGAAACUGUUAAGAGGGAAAGACAGCGGCAGCAGCCAUGGCGGCAGCCGCCACCACCACCACCACCGCCGCCCCCCUAGUAAAAACUUGUCUUUAGAAAGAACAGAAGACGACAUGAAUUCUUAUAGCGAUUAUUCAUUCGGGAAUGUAGGAAAUUCUUCUAAACAUUCUAUGGAUUCUCAAAGAUCGUUUCAUAGGCAUAGCGAUAUAGGAGUUCAUAAACGGAUUGAUUCCAUUGCAGAAGACAGUGGCGGCAUUGGUGGUGGUUCGGAUUCACCAUCUUCAUCGGACGGUCAGAAAUCCGAUCUGAUGAAAUAUGCAGAAGUUCUGAAAGACUCUCCGGCUAAAUAUCGCCGGAGAUCGACACUGUUAAUUAGGAAAACCUGCAAUUUGAUUUUCUUGGCAAAUGUUGUAUCAUAUACUGAUAUGACAGAACGGGACAAAACUCAUUGUUUCAUGUUUGGCCUAGCGUGGGAUAGAAUAAGAAUUCACUGUCUCACGUUUGGCGGGACAAGAACUGGGACAAUGUGGGAUAACAUGAGACAAAAGAGGAUUGUUCUUCCAACACCACCACCACCUCCGCCGCUGCUACCACCACCACCACCACCUACUGAACACAGGUCAGCACUCUACGUCGGCGACCUUCACCCCGAGACCACCGAUAAUGAUCUCCACAUCCUUUUCAACAUGAUUGGCCCACUGCGUUCUGUUCGUAUCUGCAGAGACCGUCUCUCACACAAAUCACUCUGCUAUGCCUACAUCAAUUUCUAUCUUCCUUCUCACGCGACUAUGGCGUUAUCGCGAUUAAACCACACUUUAUUGAGGGGAAAACCAAUGAGGAUAAUGUGGUGUGAGCGAGAUCCGGUUGGAAGGAGGACUGGAAUUGCGAAUUUGUUUGUGAAUAAUCUCGAUUCGAUGGUGACAGAUGCGAAAUUGGAGCAGGUUUUUGAGAAAUUUGGGAGGAUUCUUUCGUGUAAGACUGCGAAGGAUGAUUACGGAAAGAGCAAGGGUUUUGGAUUUGUUCAAUUUGCUUCAGAGGAAUCGGCUAACAAUGCAAUUGAUGCCCUAGAUGGAACUACCAUUGAUGAGAAGAUUAUAUCCGUGGCGAAGUUUCUGAAGAAAAGCCAGAGGAACGAACCCGAAUUCACGAACGUUUAUGUGAAGAAUCUUGAUCCGGAUUUCACCGAAAGUCUCUUGAGAGAGAAGUUUUCCGAGCAUGGAAAUGUCACGAGUGCCGUGAUCAUGAACGACGCUGAUGGGAAAUCAAGAGGUUUUGGGUUCGUCAACUUUGAGUCACACGAUAGUGCCAAAAAGGCCAUCGAGGCCUUAAAUGGUUCAGUAAUCGGUUCUAAAGAAUGGUUUGUUGGAAAAGCUAUGAAGAAAGCCGAAAGAGAGGGGUUUUUACGGAAAAAAGACAAGACGAACGCUUCGAAUCUUUUUGUAAAGAAUCUUGCUCCAUCCGUGGAUGAAGCAGCUCUUGAAGAAACAUUUCGUGUUUUUGGAAAAGUCAUUUUAACGAAAGUGGUACGCCAUAAGAACGGCAUUAGCAAAGGGUUUGGUUUCGUGUGUUUCUCGACACCAGAAGAAGCACGGAAAGCUCGUGAUUCACUCGAUGGAAACGAUUACCGUGGAAAGAAAUUAAAUGUUUCUUUGGCUCUGAGUAAAGAAGAAUGUUCCCGAAAAUUGCAGGCUCGUUUUGGACCACAACUGAGUAUCGAUAACCAUCGAUAUCUACCAUCUUUUUACAGUAAUCAGUCAUUUGUUCGGUCUCCCGUCUACGAUGGGCCAUACUGGCAGCCAAACUUCUACAGACGUAUGCAGAAUCUUAAACCCAAGAGUCAUCAUUAUCAGGAUAUUCAUGGUGAAUAG